AUAUUCUUGGCACAAUCACACCGUGAACCGGAACCCUAAUCGAUCCCAGCUCCACCUUACACCCACCCAUCUUUUGGUUGGAAUUAAUCAGAAUAUUCUAGAUAGAUUUGGGUUGAAGAAUGAAGAAGUACGGAUUGCAAAUCAGGGCUCCGGCUCAGAAGAAGCAGCCAAUAAUACCUCGCCGCGCUUCGAUUUUCGAUGAAGACGAAGACGAAGGUGAUGUCGAGAAGGAGAUCUCUCGUCAAGCUUCAAAGGCCAAAUCUCUUAAAGAAAUUGAGGAGCAGCAUAAGAAAGCGUUGGAGGAGGAUCCUUCUGCUUUUGCAUACGAUGAAGUUUACGACGACAUUAAACACAAAGCCGUCGUUCCUAAACUGCAAGAUCGUCAAGAUCGCAAGCCAAAGUAUGUGCAUCAUUUGAUGAAGAAGGCGGAACAGAGAAACAAGGAACAAGAGAUUGUUUACGAGAGGAAGCUCGCCAAGGAGAGGGAGAAGGACGAGCAUCUUUACUCCGGUAAAGAGAAGUUUGUAACGGGCGCGUAUAAGAAGAAGCUAGAGGAGCAAAAGAAGUGGCUUGCUGAAGAAAGGCUCCGUGAGAUUCGUGAGGCAAAAGAUGAUGUUACAAAGAAGAAGGACUUGAGUGACUUCUACUUCAACAUUGAUAAAAACGUUGCGUUUGGAGCUCGAGGUAAGGAAGAGGAAGAGGCAGAGAAGCUGGAGGAACAAAGAAAGGCUGAGAAGCUGAAGGAGGAGCUGAGGAAAGAAGAGAAGAAGAAAGCAGAGUCGCCGGAGAAGCAAGUGUUGCGUGAAUCUCAAGAUAUUGGACCAAGCCGUAAGAGAAGUAUGGAACCCCAAGAAGAAGAAGAAGAGGAGCAAGAUGCAUCUGAGAAGAAGAUUGGUUCAGAUGUUAGAGAAGAGAAAGACGCAUCAACGAAAGAGGAAGCAAAAGAAGCUCCCAAGGCCGCCAUUGUCAACAACAAGAAAAGCGAGGAUGCGAUUGCUGCUGCUAGAGAACGGUUUUUGGCUCGGAAGAAGGCAAAGAUUGAAGAAUAGUUGUGCAAAUUUCACCUCACUCCCAAUGUUGUUACUUUUGUGACCAAACUUUCUCUUUGUAAUACUAAUAUAUCGGAUCACUUUCUGUUUUAAAGACAUUUUCAAUAUAACGCUUGUUAAGUACA